UAUAAUUCUAAGUUUAGUUAUAGAAGGGUGCAUAAACCUAAGUCCUAGCACAAACAUACCUUUUUCUAUUAAAAAAUAAAAAAAUAAUUUGGCAGUUUUGAUCGUCGGUUUGGCAAUUAAAUCCUCGGACUGGAUUUGGGUCUAGGUCUAGUAAUUUCCAGCUGAACUGGCCGGUCCAAUAUGAAUUUAAUAAAACAUCAGAGAAAUAAAAUUACCAAAAGUAACUUUCUAAAUUUGAAAUGACAACAUAGUUUCCCUAGUUUAGCUUAAUGUAUGAUGUAUAUCAAAUUUUCGAAAGAAUGCAACCAAAUGGGCUAAUAGACAUUGGCACCACUUUUCCUAAGAUCUACUCAUCAUAGCAGGGAGGGCUAGGAACCCAUAAACCACCUGCAGAGGCGCAUAGGAACAUCCUUGCUCUUGAGAACCUGCUGAGGCGAGGAUGGGUUCUUGCCAACCGGUGUAUCUUGUGCUUCAAAGCUGAGGAAUCCAUAAAUCACCUGUUCAUUGAGUGUGACUUCACUAAGGAAAUCUAGGAGGCUAUUAGGAGGGCUUGCAACAGUAUAUCGAUUCACUCGGGUGGCAUCCUAAGCAGUAUUAGGCGAUGGAGUUGCAGCUAUCCGGUUAACCUCGAUUGGAUUGUCUACGGGGCACUACACAUGAUUUGUUGUUCUUUUUUUUAUCUUUUUUGUCAGGACUUGUUGCCUUUCCUUCACUUCUGGUGAAGAAGGCUUUGCUUCUGUUUGUACCGUUCCUUCCUUUCUUUCAAUGCAUUUUCACCAUUAUAAAAAAAAGCAGGGAGCAUAUUCUCUAAGUAACCUAAGGUUACUCAUGCAUCACUAUUCUCCGAUAACAGCUAUAUUUAAUUUGUUUUAUCUUGAAUUUCAAAAUUUGUUGGAAAAGUAAUGUUAAUUAUGCUCUACAAAUUACUUCAAAUUUUAUAUACUUUAGAGCAAAAAAAUAAAAUAUUAACGAGUCAUUUUUUUUAUAUAGUGUAUCAUGGUGGUAGAGCUCGAUGGUACCAAAGAUUAUAAGGUAAAUACAAUAUAAUAGUCCAACAUUUCAUUUUAAACAAAAUAAUAGCCAAACCUUUUCGAAAACAAUAUAAUAGCCAAACCGUUAACUUCCCGUCCUGUCAAUGGUUAGUUGACUGUGACGUGGCAAAUUUAUUACUGACAUAGCAAGGAGUCAACUUUUUGACCAUACUACAUAAAUAUUUCUUUAUUAAUUAUUAAUUUAUUGAAAAAGAAAAUGAAUUAAAAAACUUAACUGCAAAAAUUGUGUAAAGCUUCUUAGAGCAUCCACAAUGGGUGUCUUUUCCCCAUUUCAUUGUGACAUGGCGAUUCCAUUACCAUUUUCAUGGUUGUAGCAUGUUAUUUCAUCUUGGAAAGAUUUCAUUAGAUGAAAUUCAAUAUGGAAGAGGCAAAGUGGGCCCACUUUAAUUGGUUAGAGAGUAUACAAAUUAUUUGAUGUAUUAUAAAUGUGAAUGGGGCCCACCAUAUGAAAUUGAAAGUAGAUUUCAUGGAUGUAGAAAAACUAGAAAUAAAUAAUUAAAAUUGUAAGAGCUGUAUAGCUGGUGGUAAGGGCCACAAAUAAAAUAGUUAGGCUAUUUCAUGUAGGGGGUGUCAAAGUGAGCCCGUUGGGUUAAAUCGGGUUGCACAAUUUUGUCAUUUCUCAUUUUAGUUUUUGAUUCUUUAUUCUUAUUCUUGGGUUGGUUAACUUGGUUGGGUUUGUAGGCUGUGAUACCAAAGUUUUCUGCAUAUUUUUUUAUUCCAAAUUGACAUAUCCUCAUAUAAUAUUUUAAUAGUCUUGUCAAAGAAUUUGAUUCCAAACAAGUGAUAUGCAUGGUUUUUCACGUAGCUUUUCUUUUCUUUAGUUUUUUGUUAUAUUCCUUAUGAAAGGAGAUAGUGACAUGGUUCAAUUGAUAAUUUUUUGUUUUGCAGAUAGAUUUCAGUUUCCCUACUAAUUGUUACUAAGUUUUAAUUAUUCAUUAGUUUUUAUUUUAUUUUAGUUAGACUAGUUAUUAUAUCAGUAAUUAAUUCGGUUUUUGAAAAAACUUCCUCUAAUGUUUCCGUAGUUCCGAUACUCAUUUGUUCUUCCACAAUAUCUGAAACAAAGUAUGAUAGUUCUAGUGUAACCAUAGUGAUAUCGUUUAUUGAAGUAAGAUCGAUAGCGUCUAUUCCUUCUAUUAGUUUAUUUAUAUGGUGAGUAUUAGGCAUUAUAGUAUUUAUAUCUUAUCUUUUAAUUCUAAGAUUAGUUCUUGUAGUUUCUUUAUUUCACUAUUGUCGUCAUAUUGAUGAAGUAUCGUAAUAUUCCUUAUCUCUUCUUUUUCUUCUUGUUCUUCUUCUUUUAACUUGUUUGUUAUUCUUCUAGAGGGAUGUCGUUCGUCGAUACUAAUUCUUGGAUUACUAUAGUCUGAUUUAAUUAUUUUAAUAGGGGAUUCUAAAUGUAUUAGUGGUUUAAAUAAUUCUUCUAUGGUAAUUACUUAUUUAUCCUUAAAUGUUAAACUAUGAUGACUAUUGGUCAAAGUGUAGUUUAUUUGAUAUGUUACUGAAAAUGGUUUAUUAUUUUCUCUUAUAAAAUUGCCUCUUUUUUGUUCAUAUUUUAUAAUUAUUGAGGAAUCAAGAUUUCCGUCUGUUAGACUUAAACCUUGUUGUAAAUUAAUAUCAAAUUUAAUUAUUCGUACUCCUAAAUUUCCUUGUCUUUUGCUAUUAUGCUUUAUUCAUUGUUAAUGAGUCUGUCAUCUCUUAUUUCUAGUUCUAUUGGCGCACUUAUUCAUGUUUUCAUUGUUGAUUUAAAAAUAAUUUGUAUCGUACUAAUAUGAAUAUAAGAUAUUUUAUUUCUUUCUUCCUGUUGUAGUUUUGAUAACUUUUUUAUAAUUUGUUCCUUAUUUAUUGUUUGGAUUAGAAAGUCUCAUUUGGUCUGUUCAAUUGGUAUAGUUGUUUCUCCUAUCAUCUUUCCAUAUUUAAUUAUAUUUUUUCUAUCAAAUAAUUUAGAUAAAAAUGACUGAUGAAAUUUUGGGUUUCUCAUAAACUAAAAUUAGUUUGCUCUUUUAUUUUUUUUAUAUCUACGAUACCAUCCAAGAAAUAAUUUUCUUCUUCAUUCUUGUUUAAAUCAUCAAAAUGAUUUUUACUAGCACUAGGGUUGUCAGACAUACCUGAUUCUUGUUAGUUGAAAUGGUUUGAUUCCUUGUUACUUAGCGUCUUCAUGGUGAUGCUAUGUGAAGAAUGCUGGAGAUGAUCGUUGGAGUUAUGUUUAGGAAUUUUUUGUAGGUCUGAUGAUUUUGUUGUGUGGUAUUUUUGGUAGGGGAUAAGAGUGUCUCCAGAGUAUUACCUCAAAUACUCAAUGCCUAAGCACCUCAAGACGAAGUCUUGGUUUUUGAGAGAAAUCUCAACUCUACUCGUUUAUUCUCUACCCUCCUUAUGAGGAAUAUGAUACAUAUUUAUAGCUGGUCUUAGCCUGCUUCUACGUAAGAGCUUACAUCACCUUCCAACAGGUGAGAAAACAAACAAACAACCUUUAUAAAGCUAGGUAGUUACAUUUGUGCAGAGAAGUGAUGAUAUGAGCUUUCAUCUUUUUUAGUGGAGUGACUAUUCCUUGUCUUCUUCCUUUCCUUUUUCCUUUUUUAGUGUUGGUAAUGGGGCCAAUGUUCCUUCUAGAUUGAUGAAAUUUCUUGUAAAAUUUGUAAUUAUAUCACAUUCUUCCUUGGUGAAUUGUGCCUUGGAGUUGCUGAUGAUCACCUUAUGUUCACUUCCGUAAUUGACCUUGAUAUUAUCCGUUGGUUUGAUGUAAUGGAUUGCUUGGCAUACUAAGAAUAAUGAUUUCACUUGAUGAUCUUCUGGUAUUUUAGUUGUCUUCAAUUCAUCCCUUGUUGGAUAUUUUCCGUUUGAGACUCCCAUUCUAAUGAGGGCUUUUGAUGGUAUAAUCAUUUCUCCUUGGCUGAAUACUGGAUAGCUGGAUGUAUACUUUAGAUAGAUUUCUCUGUCUUUGGCAAAGAAUUUCAGAUAGUUUUGAACAACCAUCUUGAAUUUAAUGGGGAAUUCGUCGAGGAUGUCAAUUUUUCUAGUGUAGAUGGUAUCCAAUAAUCCAUAUUGGUGGAGAGAGAAUACCAUUGUUGGUGAGGCUUCUUCUGUGACUACAGCUUUUGGUCCUCCUUUGAAUGUUGGAUAAAAACCCAUGGUAGUAUGUAUUUCUUCAUAGUUGAUAAGAUCAUUCCAACAUUGUUGGAAUUUCUAUACUGUAGGUUUUUUGGCUUCUUCUUUUUCCUUUGUGGUCUGGAUAUUCCUAAUGUUAAUACCAGGAAUCUUCAUUACUAGUUGUUGUUGUGGAACGACCAGCUCAUUUGUUUUCUUCAUGGUCAGAGCUUUGUAUGAUUCGUCAAGUGCUUGAUCUGCUUCCUCCUUAGUUGUGAAUGAGUGAUGUUUAACAUUAUGACCGAUAAUAUGCUGAGCAGCUAUUGCCCAAUUGGUAUAGACUCCUUGAAAUGGUCCAUCAUAAACAAUGUAAUCAAAAGCGCGAUUCUACCUAGAAGUGGAAAAGGGGUAAAAUCAUAAAGCGUUGAAUUAAAGCGUAAAAACGUAAGUUUUUGACGCAUACUGUAAAAUAAUUAAAAAAAUGUUAAGUACGACAUAUACUAUGUAAAAUAUGAGUACAGAGAAUUUAAUUAUAAGCCACCUUCUUUUCUAUGUUAAUGAAAUUGUGAAGAGCCUAACUGGUGAAUUAUAUUACUCUAUUGAAGCUGAAAAUACAUCCAAGUACGUGGUAUGCAUAUUUUCCUUUAUCUCAAAUGCAUCAUAUUGUUGGUGAUUUACCUUUUAAAUAUAUAUUUUAUAAUUAAUUUCACGAAAACACUGCCCAUCUAGUGAACUAAGAACGUAAAAGCGUAAAGCAUUUUGGUGAACUAGAAGCGCAAAAGCGUAAGCUUUUAAGUUUUAAAGCGCAAUUUAGUCCUAUUUUAUACAUUAAAGUUUUUAUGGAAACAAAAGCGUUUUGGUGAUCUGGAAGUGUAAAACCGUAAGUUUUAAGUUUUAAAGGGCGAUUUUGACUGCAUUGAUCAUAAAUGACAUACCAUUAUCCUUUCUUUGACUUUCUUUCAUCCUCUUCAUAUUUUUAUCUUCUUCUACCAGAUCUGCCCAUUUUGUGGAUGAUGAUGCUGAUUUCUCUUAUUGUAUUUCUGGCUGAGUUUUUCCAUUGAUUUGUUGUUGCAGAAGGUUGAUGGUGGUUUUGAGCUGUUCUAGUUCCCCCCUCCUUAGAGAUAGCUGAGUUUCAAGAGAUCGUAUUUGCUCUUCCUUUUGUUGUUGCUGAUUCUGCAUCUGCUUGAUUAUUCCCUCCAUUCUCUUGUAAGGGUGUCGGCCAGAGGGUUGGUUGUUGACUUAAUAUACUUCCGAUAUGGCUUGUAAUAGUGUAGUUGUUGCUGCAAGCGGAUUAAUCUUCCUUUGUUAAAGUCUGCUUCAAGUUUGUAUCUCCAGAAACCUGUAACAUAUUUAGAGUAUGUUCGUAACUCAAAUCUGCUGGUUAACAAUUCGAAUUUCCAUUUCUUCAAUAUCCUGAGACAAGCUAGUGUUUCUAGCUCAUGAACUGGAUAGUUCUUCUCUGUAUCAGAGAAUGUUCCUGAAAUAUAUUUACAUAACGUUUUUGGAUACUUGUCUGUAUUAAAAAGUAUUGAGUAGUCUAUAGAAUCUUUCGAUUCUUUAGAUAGUAAUUUAUCAUCAUGGUUGGUAGAUGAAUCAUUUGAUUCAUUUUUAGAUAGUAAAUUGCCAUAGUGAUCAAGAGAUAGUAAUUUCUUUCCUUUGGGAAUUGCGAGCAUGCAACCUGCCCAUGUAUCCUUGGAUGCAUCUGUUUCAACUAUGAGAAAAUCGCGAUCACAUGGGUUAUAUAAUUUAGGUAAAUGAUCACAACUAGCCUUCAUGAAUUUUACUACUUCUGUAUCUUUAUCUUCCCAUUUCCAAGGUAUCUUGGAUUUUAUUGGGGACAAAAAACAAUAUAAACAAAAAACAAGAAAUAAAGAUUAUUGUCCUAAAGGCAAACCAAAUUGUAGAUGUUGGCUUUGUAAUGAAGAAUGACAUUAUGCUAAUAAAUGUCCAAAGAAAAACGUUAAUAAUAAGAAACAAGAAGUGCUAAGAAUAGCCUUCGAAUGCGGAUUUGAACCUAUAGAGGAAACAUAUUUUGAAACAUCAUAUAUAGAUAUAAUUGAAUACUUACAUACUUAGAGGUAUCUUCAGAUGAGUCAGAAGAAGAUACUAACUAAAAGUAAUCCAAAUGCAACAUUUAUAAAAGUCACUAUUGAAAAUAAAGAUUUUCUAGCAUAUAUAGAUACAGGAGCAACACUUUGUUUUGCAAAAAGGGCAACCAUUAGAAAUUGGGGAAAAUUAGAUAAACCUCUAAAAAUUGUAGUCGCAGAUAAAUCGAUACACGAGAUUUGGUAUGUAAAAAAUUAUGUACCAAUCAUUAUAGAACAAUACGUUUUUACUACUAAAACGAUAUAUUUACAUGAUUCAGGGUUAGAUAUGAUAAUAGAAAAUAAUUUCCUUAAGUUAUAUCAACCUUUUACUCAAAGAAUUAAAAAUAUUAGUCUACGAGCACCCAUAAUGAAAAACCAAGAGUCCAAAAUCGUUACAACUAAAAUUAUAACAAAAAAUGAAGUAUUGAAAAUCGUUCUACAAAAAUUAAAAAAUAGGCUUGAAUAUAUCCAGGUAGCUUAUGGAAUAGUUGAAGAAAAACUAGAAGAAGUAUGUAGUGAACACCCAUUAGAUAGUAUAAAAAAUACAAAUUCAGAAUUAAUAGAAAUCAAACUUAAAGAUCCAAGUAUAGAAGUUAAUGUCCCCAAUAAAAUCCAAUAUACACAAAGAGAUGUAGAAGAAUUUCAAGAAGAAUGUAAAGAGUUACUCAAAAAUAUCAUUAGGGAAAGUAAGAGCCCUCAUAGCGCUCCGGCAUUUUAUGUAGAAAAUAAUAACGAGUUAAAAAGAGGAAAGAGACGUAUGGUAACAAAUUAUAAAAAACUAAAUGAACAAAUAGUAGGAGACAGUUAUAAACUACCUAGAAAAGACUAUAUAUUAGAACAAUGAAAGGGUCAAACGUGGUUUAGUAGUUUAGAUGCUAAAUCAGGAUAUUGGCAAUUACGUCUACACGAAAACACAAAGCCAUUAACAGCUUUUUCAUGUCCACCUCAAAAACACUAUGAGCGGAAUGUCGUACCAUUCGGACUUAAACAGCCACAAGGAAUUUAUCAAAGAUUUAUGGAUAAAAAUUUAGAAGGAUUACAAGACUUUUGCCUAGCAUAUAUUGACGAUAUCAUUAUCUUCUCAAAUAAAGAUAGGAAGGAUCAUGAAGAAAAACUAAUCAAAGUAUUAGAAAGAAUAAAAGAAAAAGGACUAAUAAUUUCAAAAAAGAAAUCAAAACUACUAGUUAAUGAAAUUGAAUAUCUAGGACUAAAAAUAAAUAGUACAGGCGAAAUAGAAUUAACAACAAAUGUUAAAGAAAAACUAGAUAAAUUUUCCAAUAAAAUGGAAAAUAGAAAACAAAUACAAACAUUUUUAGGAAGUGUAAAUUAUAUUAGCGAACAAGGAUAUCUAAAAAACUUAGCAAAAGAACGAAAACACCUUCAGCAAAAGAUAUCAGACAAGAUACAUUGGAAAUGAGAAGAUAAAGAUACAGAAGUAGUAAAAUUCAUGAAGGCUAGUUGUGAUCAUUUACCUAAAUUAUAUAACUCAUGUGAUCGCGAUUUUCUCAUAGUUGAAACAGAUGCAUCCAAGGAUACAUGGGCAGGUUGCAUGCUCGCAAUUCCCGAUGGACAGAAAUUAAUAUCUCUUGAUCACUAUGGCAAUUUACUAUCUAAAAAUGAAUCAAAUGAUUCAUCUACCAACCAUGAUGAUAAAUUACUAUCUAAAGAAUCGAAAGAUUCUACAGACUACUCAAUACCUUUUAAUACAGAUAAGUAUCCAAAAAAGUUAUGUAAAUAUAUUUCAGGAACUUUCUCUGAUACAGAGAAGAACUAUCCAGUUCAUGAGCUAGAAACACUAGCUUGUCUCAGGACAUUGAAGAAAUGGAAAAUCGAAUUGUUGACCAGCAGAUUUGAGUUACGAACAGACUCUAAAUAUGUUACAGGUUUCUGGAGAUACAAACUUGAAGCUGACUUUAACAAAGGAAGAUUAAUCCGCUGGCAGCAACAGCUACACUAUUACAAGCCAUAUCUGAAGUAGAUUAAGUCAACAGCCAACCCUCUGGCCGACACCCUUACAAGAGAAUGGAGGGAAUAAUCAAGCAGAUGCAGAAUCAGCAACAACAAAAGGAAGAGCAAAUACGAUCUCUUGAAACUUAGCUUUCUCUAAGGAGGGGGGAACUAGAACAGCUCAAAACCACCAUCAACCUUCUGCAACAACAAAUCAAUGGAAAAACUUAGUCAGAAAUACAACAAGAGAAAUCAACAUCAUCAUCCACAAAAUGGGCAGAUCUGGUAGAAGAAGAUGAAAAAUAUGAAGAGGAUGAAAGAAAGUCAAAGAAAGGAAAAUGGUAUGUCAUUUAUGAUGGACCAUUUCGAGGAGUCUAUACCAAUUGGGAAAUAGCUGCUCACCAUAUUAUCGGUCAUAAUGUUAAACAUCAGUCAUUCACAACUAAGGAGGAAGCAGAUCAAGCACUUGACGAAUCAUACAAAGCUCUUACCAUGAAGAAAACAAAUGAGCUGGUCGUUGCACAACAACGACUAGUAAUGAAGAUUCCUGGUAUUAACAUUAGGAAUAUCCAGACCACAUAGGAAAAAAGAAGAAGCCAAAAAACCUACAAUACAGAAAUUCCAACAAUGUUGGAAUGAUCUUAUCAACUAUGAAGAAAUACAUACUACCAUGAGUUUUUAUCCAACAUUCAAAGGAGGACCAAAGCUGUAGUCACAGAAGAAGCCACACCAGCAAUGGUAUUCGCUCUCCACCAAUAUGGAUUAUUGGAUACCAUCUACACUAGAAAAAUUGACAUCCUCGACGAAUUCCCCAUUAUAUUCAAGAUGGUUGUUCAAAACUAUCUGAAAUUCUUUGCCAAAGACAGAGAAAUCUAUCUAAAGUAUACAUCCAGCUAUCCAGUAUUCAGCCAAGGAGAAAUGAUUAUACCAUCUAAAGCCCUCAUCAUAAUGGGAGUCUCAAACGGAAAAUAUCCAAUAAGGGAUGAAUUGAAGACAACUAAAAUACCAGAAGAUCAUCAGGUGAAAUCAUUAUUCUCAGUAUGCCAAGCAAUCCAUUACAUCAAACCAACGGAUAAUAUCAAGGUCAAUUACGGAAGUGAACAUAAGUUGAUCAUCAGCAACUCCAAGGCACAAUUCACCAAGUAAGAAUGGGAUAUAAUUACAAAUUUUACAACAGAUUUCAUCAAUCUAGAAGGAAUAUUGGCCCAUUACCAACAGAACAAAAGAAACAACUGUGAGAAUUAUUGCAGCUCCACGAAGACCAUAUCUGCAUCAACUGUGCAACAGAUAUGAUCACCACCACCAGCAGCAAUAAUGGAGAGGAAUAGUCAGGGACUCAAGAAUGACUCACCCCACUAUGAAAAAGGAAGGGAAGAAGACAAGGAAUAGUCACUCCACUAAAAAAGAUGAAAGCUCAUAUCAUCACUUCUCUGCACAAAUGUAACUACCUAGCUUUAUAAAAGUUGUUUGUUUGUUUUCUCACCUGUUGGAAGGUGAUGUAAGCUCUUACGUAGAAGCAGGCUAAGACCUGCAAUAAAUAUGUAUCAUAUUCCUCAUAAGGAGGGUAGAGAAGAAACGAGUAGAGUUCAGAUUUCUCUCAAAAACCAAGACUUCGUCUUGAGGUGCUUAGGCACUGAGUGUUUGAGGUAAUACUAUGGAGACACUCUUAUCCCCUACCAAAAAUACCACACAACAAAAUCAUCAGACCUACAAAAAAUUCUUAAACAUAACUCCAACGAUCAUCUCCAGCAUUCUUCACAUAGCAUCACCAUGAAGACGCAAAGCAACAAGGAAUCAAACCAUUUCAACUAACAAGAAUCAGGUAUGUCUGACAACCCUAGUACUAGUAAAAAUCAUUUUGAUUAUUUAAACAAGAAUGAAGAAGAAAAUUAUUUCUUGGAUGGUAUCGUAGAUAUAAAAAAAAUAGAAGAGCAAACUAAUUUUACUUUAUGAGAAACCCAAAAUUUCAUCACUAAGUCAUUUUUAUCUAAAUUAUUUGAUAGAAAAAAUAUAAUUAAAUAUGAAAAGAUGAUAGGAGAAACAGCUAUACCAAUAGAACAGACCAAAUGAGACUUUCUAAUCCAAAUAAUAAAUAAGGAACAAAUUAGAAAAAGUUAUCAAAACUACAACAGGAAGAACGAAAUAAAAUAGCUUAUAUUCAUAUUAGUACGAUACAAAUUAUUUUUAAAUCAACAAUGAAAACAGGAAUAAGUGCGCCAAUAGAACUAGAAAUAAGAGAUGACAGACUCAUUAACAAUGAAGAAAGCAUAAUAGCAAAAGGACAAGGAAAUUUAGGAGUAGGAAUAAUUAAAUUUGAAAUUAAUUUACAACAAGGUUUAAGUCUAACAGAAGGAAAUCUUGAUUCCUCAAUAAUUAUAAAAUAUGAACUAAAACGAGACAAUUUUAUGAGAGAAAAUAGUAAACCAUUUUCAGUAACAUAUCAAAUAAACUACGCUUUGACCAAUAGUCUUCAUAGUUUAACAUUCAAGGAUAAAGAAGUAAUUACCAUAGAAGACUUAUUUAAACCACUAAUACAUUUAGAAUCCCCUAUAAAAAUAAUUAAAUCAGACUAUAGUAAUCCAAGAAUUAGUAUAGACGAACGACAUCCCUCUAGAAGAAUAACAAACAAGUUAAAAGAAGAAGAACAAGAAGAAAAGGAAGAGAUAAGAAAUAUUACGAUACUUCAUCAAUAUGACGACAAUAGUGAAAUAAAGAAACUACAAGAACUAAUCUUAGAAUUAAAAGAUAAGAUAUAAAUACUAUAAUGCCUAAUACUCACCAUAUAAAUAAAUUAAUAGAAGGAAUAGACACUAUCGAUCUAACUUCAAUAAACGAUAUCGCUAUGCUUACACUAGAACUAUCAUACUUUGUUUUAGAUAUUGUAGAAGAACAAAUGAGUAUCGGAACUACGGAAACAUUAGAGGAAGCUAUUUCAAAAACCGAAUUAAUUACUGAUAUAAUAACUAGUCUAACUAAAAUAAAACAAAAACUAAUGAAUAAUUAAAACUUAGUAUCAAUUAGUUAGGGAAACUGAAAUCUAUCUGCAAAACAUAAAAAUUAUCAAUUGAACCAUGUCACUAUAUCCUUUCAUUAGCAAUAUAACUUAAAACUAAAGAAAAGAAAAGCUACGUGAAAAAACAUGCAUAUCACUUGUUUGGAAUCAAAUUCUUUGACAAGACUAUUAAAAUAUUAUAUGAGGAUAUGUCAAUUUGGAAUCAAAAUAUAUGCAGAAAACUUUGGUAUCAGAGCCUACAAACCCAACCAAGUUAACAAACCCAAGAAUAAGAAUAAAGAAUCAAAAACUAAAAUGAGAAAUGACAAAAAUGUGCAACCCGAUUCAACCCAUCAAUUUCCUUCCCCACAACGAAACCUCACCGGAAAGAUGGUUUCUACUCAAAAUCCAUGGUUUGCCCCGCCUGAAGCAGGGGUGAGAAUCCUCUCCAUCUGCCAACCCGCCAACAACAAUGACGUGCACGGUGCACCCACCCAACUCCAGUUGGCAGUCAGAUCUGCAUCUUGGCGUCUCGGUUUUUUCCCGCCAGUCCCGCCGACAAUCCCCCUGUUUUCCCCUUUCGUUGGAUUGUCUGAGGGAGACGAAGAGGGAAGAGGAGAAAGUACUAAGGCCCCGUAAUCUCUCCCUCAUCCAACCAGUCCGCCACCGCUAGCCCACUCCUCCCUCAUUCUCGACUUCUCGUCUCCCGAGAGGUUCAUCGCGUCUCCAUCUGUGAGAGAGAUUCAGACGAUUUUCUUGGCGAUUGAGACGUCGGGGUGCUAGGCGAUCUUGCGAGUAACGGUGCGGUGCUCUGAGUACUUGACAUCCGCACGGAGCCAGGGCAGGGUUCCUUCUCUGCCAUCUUCUUCCUCAGCAGUGUCCUCGCCCAGAUCUUUACCACCCCUAGUUGUUUCUGUUAUGACAAUCAGUAACCGUCCCUUCCUCUCCCGCCACCACAACUGCUUCCCGUUCAUCUACGCUGACCUGGCUAAAUUCUUGAGUCGCCGCUGCCGUCGGAGGUUUCUCCGCCACUGUCGCCCUAGCAUUUUUCUCCUUCAGCCUCGUUGUUCCCAAAUCCCUCUUCGCCAUAUCCCCAAGAUUGGGGACUGGAUACGGUGACAACCCUUAAGGGGGUUGUCAGAUUCACAACCCACUUCAUAGUCCUUGGAUACGUUCUCUCUCCUGUUUCUUUUUUCUUUUUUUUAAAUUAAGGGUUAAGAUUAAAGGAAGGGUAUUUUUGGAAGGGUAAAAAUUUACCACACCCAAUUAUUCACCCUAUCAUAUAAAAAAACCCUAACUCCUCUAUCCUCCCUUCCUCUCUCUCUCCUCCCUCUCUCCUCCCUCUCUCCCGUAGCCAUCACUUUCUCUCCUCCCUCUCUCGCAGAGCCCUCCGCCGCCACAGCCCUCCACCGCCGGCGUCAGCGCCCCUCCGCCUUCAUCCGCCUGUCGAGCCUUCAACCGCCAUCUCGUCUCCGCCAUCUCCAACUAUCCUCCUCCUCCUCCGCCUCCGUCGCCGUAUCCAACCUCGCCGGAAGUUCCUGUUUCCCUACUCGACGGAUGAGACGGGAGCAAAAUCUUCUCCCCUCCGCCUUCAGCCGCCUUUCGGCGCACCUCCGCCUCCCACCACCACGACACAAUCAUCAUCUCCCCGUCGGAGCCCUCUCGCCGCCCUUCGUCCCCCACCACUACCGCCGUCGCGAGGUCACCCUCUUCCCCUACCUCUCUCUCCCGUCACCGAGUCCCCUUUUCUAGAUCUGGUUUUUUAAUGGUACCAUUUUUUUUCUGGCCGCCCUUCGUCCCCCACCACUACCAUUAGGUAGCUGGUAGUGGUAGAGUACCACUAUCAUCUGGUACUACUAUCAUUUGUUUUUUUGUGUGUUAUUCUCUACUGGUAUCGCUACCAAUGCUAGUGGUAGCGCUACCAGUGCUAGUGGUACAUUUAUUCUCUACUGGUACCGCUACCAAUGGUAGUGUUAGCGUUGUACUGGUAGCGUACCACUAGUACUGGUACAUUUUUUAACGAAUUGGUAGCGUACCACUAGCACUGGUAUAUUAAUUACCAGUAGACUAAUGGAUUGAUACACUUUUUAACGCACUGGUACAUUUUUUCAGGUUGCCGGAGGGAGUCUGUCGGAGAGAAUUCGCCGGAGAAAAAGUCUGUCCGUCGAUGAGGAGUGACCGCUGGAGAAAGGAAGAGAAAGAUAGAUAGAGAUAUUAAUGUAUAGGAUUUAAAUUUCAAAAAAAAUUGUAUUUAAUAUGAGUUUUUAAUUCCCAAUAUGAUUAAUACACAAAAGGUAAUUAAUAUAUUCCUUUUUUCCAUACCCAAAAUACCUUUGAUUGUGAAUCUGACAACCCCUAAAGGGAUGUCACCGUAUCCCAUCCCCAAGAUUGGUUUCCAUCAUAGCCACACGAAGAAUAGGGUGGCUUGCGUUAGUUUUUGUAGAUUGGGUGUUCUAGCAGCUUGGCGAUGGGCAUGGUGAAACUGAAUUGGGGAUGAUGGCGGUAGAAUGGGAGUGUGGAAGAUACAGGAUUUCAAAAUUUUCUUGGAUUGGGAGAGGUGAGGGGAAGGGAUCCAACGAAAGGGACGUUUUCUUUAAUUUUUUUUGUAAAUAUUAAACAAACAUUUAUGUGGCAU